UCAACACUAAAAAAUUUGUAAAAGUUUGUUUGCGAAAUGGAUUACAAGGCUUUCAUGAAGAAAAAUGAUUUGGAGAAAGUAUGGAUGGUAAGGAAUUUCAAGACAGUAUAUAGAGAUGGAAAACGUAAUAAGGAUAAGAAGAGAAUAGAGGACAAGAGAGCUGCAAACUCUUUGCACAGUAAGGUUCAACCGCCAGGAACUUCUCUUAAAUUGCAGAAACUUUUCGGACACUUUGGAACUGAUGGAAGGAAUUUUCAAGAUGCUUCAGAACUAAUGAAAUGCCUUGAAAGAAACCAACCUUUGACUUUUUCGGUUAAACAGAUCAGAAUCUGCAUAUCAUGUGAUUUAAAGCACAAAAUACUAAAAUUAAGCGCCAACUUUUCAUUUUAUUUAACAAUUCUAGGAAUAUUUAAUGAUAAGAGAAGAAAUUGAGUGUUGAAGAUGAAAAAUGAAGACUUGUGAGUUAUUUGGACGCUAAUCUUGGGAUUACCAUAAGAACAAUGGAUAUGAUCUUCAAUGUAACAAGAAAUUGAAAUACUGGCGUUAGCUGAUCCCAUGAAAGGUUGGAAUCUUCAAGAUUAUUGAAUGGAUCGUAUUCUCUUACGUCACACAGCCCAUGAUUGUUGAUAAAUUUCAUUGGCUACAGGAAAGACAAAUAAGAUGAACGUGACGAUACUAAUUUUAUGAUUGAAGUGGUCAACUUGACUGAUCGUGAAUAGAGAAUAAGUUAUAUAUAUAUUUAGGAUUAAUUGUUGUUACAUAUAUAUUAUAU